AUGGCCAAACCGUCAGAUCAAAAAUUUGAACAUAAAUCAAAAGAUGAUGCUAAUUGCAAUUUGACUGAAAUAGAACUUACUGAAGAUGUCGAUCCUUCUAGAGGGGUAACUCCUGAGGUAAUUGCAUCUUGGUGGUCUAGACUAACGUUUUCUUGGUUUAACCAGAUAAUGGAUGAUGCAUAUUCUUCUAAUCUAAGGAGUAGUGAUUAUUAUGAUUUACCAGACUUUGAUACACCUACUUACAAAUUGGAAGUAUUCAAAAAGUUUUGGAAGAAUGAAUUAGAAAGAUGUGGGUUGACUACAGAAGGAAAUGAAACAAGAUUAAUUGAUAAAAGAAAUGAUAAUGACAUGAAGUAUUUAUUAUCAAGAAGGUUUCGUCAGAAAAUGAAGCCUUCUCUGAUUAGAUCUUUACUUUAUACUUUUAAAAUGUACUUUAUAGUAAUUUUCAUUUUAUUAGUACUUGCUGACUCUAGUUCUUUAGCACAGACAAUUGUAUUAAAGAAACUGUUAUUAUGUAUUCAGAAUUCCAAUAAAACCUUGAGUGAUAGUAGCUUGAUACAAUUACCUUGGUGGGCUAGAUUACUGGGAGCAUCACAACAAACUGAUUUGUCGAAAGUUAAGCAUGGACUUAUUUUGAUAUGUUUAAUGACAUUUUUGACAUUAAUCUUUCCAAUUUUGAAACAGCAAGAGUAUAGACUCGUAACAAAUGUUGGUCGCUACUCAAGGAGUUUAGUUUCAGGUUUUAUAUACCGUAAAUUGAUAAAUAUGGACACUUAUGUAUUUCGUGAUAACACAAAGCAUAAUUAUAAGGUACAAAGGCUAUCACUUGGUGCAUCUUCAACGGCAUCAUCAUAUUAUAGAUCAAGCGAAACUUCUAAUAUUACUGAUAAUGUGGUUAACCUUCUUGGUAAUGAUGCUGCAAGAUUUAGUAGAUUAAUAACAGCUCAUUUAUUUUAUUCAGGGAUAUUUAUUUUUGUAGCAUGUACAGUUCUGUUGUAUAUACAGCUUGGUAUUUCAGCACUCUUCGGAAUAUUAUUUGUAAUAUUAAAUGUUUUGAUUAGUGUAAUAUCACUUCAUUAUCGUGCAUUAGAAAGGAAACCUUAUUUGGAAUCACAGGACAAUAGAAUACGUUCUACAAAUGAAUAUCUUUCAUGUAUUAAGGUAAUAAAAUGUUAUGCAUGGGAAGACUGUUUUGUUGAUAGAAUUCAGGAAUAUCGUAAUACAGAGAUAAAAAGUUUAAUAAUUCAAGGUUUUUACAGAGCUUUAUCAAUGAGUAUAUAUAGUACACCUAUGCAAGCAACUCUGGUAACAGCUAUUGUAUACACAAUUAUGGGAAAUAAGUUAGACCCUGCGACAGUUUUUUAUGCUGAGAGUCUAUUUGAUACAUUAAGUAUGUCUUUGUCAUGUUUCCCAUUUUCUUAUGCGUCUUUUUAUGACUUAAUUCUUGCUUGCAAUAGGAUACGUGAUUUUUUACUAUUACCUGAAAAAAAAAAUUUAGAAAGUUUAGAAACAAAGGUAUCUUUAUCACAACAAAAUACUUCUAAUAAUAUAGAUGGAAGUAUUUCUUUUGAAGAUGUUGAUCUAUAUUGGCCUAAUGGAAGUUUAUUAUUACGUGAUGUUUCAUUUAAAGUAUCUUCUGGUGAAGUGACAGCAAUUAUUGGUUCAAUAGGUAGUGGUAAGACAGGUUUACUUUCAGCCAUAAUUGGAGAUAUAUGCCCUAGAAAAGGCAAGAUUAAGUGUGUGGGUAAUCAAGCUUAUGUUGCACAAAUUCCUUGGAUUCAGACGGGUACAAUCCGUGAUAAUAUUUUGUUUGGAGCAGAAUUUGACUCUGUUUGGUAUGACACAGUAAUAAGAGUUUGUGCACUGUGGAUGGAUUUUCAAGUAUUACCAAAUGGUGAUAAGACUUUAAUUGGAGAAAAAGGAGUUAACCUUUCUGGUGGUCAAAGACAAAGGAUUAGUUUAGCUAGGGCAGUAUACCAGAAAGCAUCUGUAUAUAUAUUGGAUGAUUGUUUGAGUGCUGUUGAUAGUCAUGUGGCAGCACAUAUAUUCAAGAAUUGUAUAUGUGGCAUACUAAGUGACAAGUGUGUGGUACUUGUAACACAUAAAUUAGAUAUUAUUCCACAUGUUGAUCAGGUAGUAUUAUUUGAUGCUAUUAGAAAAAAUCAGGUAUAUACCGGUAAUCCAAUGGGUUUAUCUAUGUUACCAUCAUUUACAUUCCAAAAGUUAUCUUUUGAAAAUACAGUGAUAGAUGAAGAAUACGAACAAGAAGAUAUAGUUUCCAAUUCUAAGGUAAUUCAACCAAGAAAUUCUGGAUCAUCUUAUAAAGUUUUCUCGUCAUAUAUAAAUUCAGAAACUGUUGAUAAGGAUGCAAUGGAAUCUGUAGUUGAAAAGGCAAAUAAUUUAUCAAAUACAUAUAAUAAACCCAAUUCAAGAAUAUCAGAUGGUUUAUCUAAUAUACAAAGAUGUUGUGAUGAUGAUGAAGUCUUAGUAGAUGAUGUUGUUGCAGUGGAUCUCCUAGACGAGCUUGUCUCUAAUACAGAUAAUCCUGGUCAAAUGACUCCACGUGGAGCUAUAUUUACUGAACUUUGUAACUCUGAACAUAUGUCAAUAGUUUCUACUCCACAAACUACAUCUAAUUCUCCUUUAAAUCUUACAUCAAAACAUAAAACACCUCGUCAUCCUUCUUUAGUACACUUUAUUCCUAGUUUACAAGUAGGCUUCUUAAAAGGCCGUAAAGCUUCAAUAAGGAUGAGUGGACGCCAACUAAGAUAUCAUUAUAAAGGAGAAGGCGAAUCCAUUAUAAGCGACAUUUCAGCUGAAUAUCAUCAAGGUAUAGGAUCAGAAGAACGUAUAAGUAUAACUUCGAUUAUAGAUAUUGAAAAGGGAAUUAAAAUUGGUGAAGAGGAAAUUGAAUUAGGUAGAGUUUCUCAUAAAACUUACAAGGCCUACUUUCUGGAAUGGGGUUACUCAAAUAUCUUUGGUACAUUAUCUUGUCAUAUUGUAGCAGGAAUAAUUGGAGUAGUUAGCACAUUUUGGCUUGGAAAUUGGUCUGAGUAUUAUGAUUCAAUUAAUUGGUACUAUGCAGUAAGUGUAUAUGGAACACUUGCAUUAUUUUAUUCAUUAUUACAUGUAAUAGCUACAUUACUUAUUAGAAAUGGUGGAAUAAAAGCCUCAACAAGCUUCCACAAAAAACUUUUGAUUCGCCUUCGCUAUACUACAUUGUCUUUUUUUGAAGCUACUCCUGUAGGAAGAAUACUAAGUAGAUUUACGGGGGAUACAACUAAUCUGGAUGAUGCCCUACCAAGGAACUUAGGAGAUCUACUGACUGCUGUAGCUAAAAUCAUUGUCAUUAUAUUUUCAAUCAGUCGCGUAACUCCACGUUUCCUAAUAUGUGUCCCAGUAUUAACUUACAUGUUUUAUCAAUUCUCAAAGAAAUAUGCCCCAAUGCUACGUCAAAGUGAAAGAUUAGCAGCUGUACGUACAGCUCCUAUUCUCUCUCAUGUUAUAGACACAUUAGAUGGUUUAACUACAAUUCGGGCCUUUAAAGCUGAGGAACGUUUUAUUCAAAAAAUGGACUGUUUAAUUAGAUCUGAAAGUCGUAUCAGAUAUCAUGUUGAAACAUCAUAUAGAUGGUUAUUUAUAAGACUAGAAGUUAUGGGAUGUAUUGCAGUAUUUACUGCUGGAAUAUUUGGAGUUUUUGUUUCAGCAUGUGAUCCUAGAAAUGCAGGGAUCUUUGGUGUAUCAUUAACUUUUGCAUUGGGAGCUUCAAACUGCCUAAAUUUUGGUACGCGUGUUCUAGGUGAAAUAGAGGGGGUUAUGGUUGGGCUUGAACGUAUAAGGGAUUACACAGAAUCUACCCCUUUAGAAUCUAAACCAACUAAUGAAAAUUAUAAAUUACCCAACAAUUGGCCUACUAGUGGUAAAAUUCAAUUUGAAAAGUUCAAAUUAAAAUAUAGAUCUGAUCUUCCUCUUGUAUUAAAUAAUAUUAGUUGUACAAUCCUUCCUGGUGAAAAAGUUGGAGUUGUUGGAAGAACUGGAGCUGGUAAGAGUAGUAUAUUUGCAUCAAUACUAAGAUUAGUAGAACCCUUUUCAGGAAAUAUUAAAAUUGAUGAUAUAGAUAUCUCAUCUAUUGGAUUAUUUGACCUUAGAAGUAAAAUAUCUAUUAUUCCCCAGGAUCCCAUAAUAUUUUCAGGCACAGUUAGAUUCAAUCUGGAUCCAUUGAAACAACAUUCAGAUGAAGAUAUAUAUGAAGUGUUAAACCGUACUCAUCUACGUGGAUUUUUUAAAUCUAUGCCUAAUGGUUUAUAUUCUACAUUAGAUGCAGGUGGCCAUUCACUUAGUGCUGGUCAAAGGCAACUACUUUGCCUAGCUAGAGCAAUAUUAAGAAGAAGUAGGGUUGUCUUAUUAGAUGAAGCCACUUCUUCUGUUGAUGUUAACACUGACUCACUGAUACAAAAGACACUAAGAAUAGAAUUUCAAAAUUGUACAAUUCUUGCAGUUGCACACCGUAUUCAAACUGUGAUGGACUAUGAUAGAAUUAUGGUAUUAGAUUCUGGGAAGAUUGUAGAAUUUGACAAUCCAGGUGUACUCUUAAGAAAUACAAAUAGCAUAUUUUAUUCAUUGGUCAAUGGUUCUAGUUAA